UGCUGUGCAGGCACCAUGGUGCGCAUGAAUGUUCUGGCAGAUGCUCUUAAAAGCAUCAACAAUGCAGAGAAACAUGGGAAACAUCAAGUUCUCAUCAGACUGUGCUCCAAAGUAAUUGUCCAGUUCUUGACUGUGAUGAUGAAGUAUGGGUACAUAGGUGAAUUUGAGAUCAUCAAUGAUCACAGAGCUGGGGAAAUCAUUGUGAACCUCACAGGCAGAUUCAACAAGUGUCUUGUUAUCAGUCCAAGAUUUGAUGUCCAACUGAAGGAUUUGGAAAAGUCGCAGAAUAACCUGCUUCCUUCACACCAGUUUGGGUAUAUUGUGCUGCCUACGUCAGCUGGCAUCAUGGACCACGAGGAAGCAAAUCAAAAACAUGCAGGCUUCUUUUUCUAA